AAAGCCUGAGAAGAUAAUUGUAGGACUUCUUUGGAAUCUGAUUCUUGCUAUCUGAAAACGAGUAACGUAACAUGAAGUUACAGUGAGGCAAAUGAAUGUGUUCUGGAUGAAACAGUUAAUUAGUGUCUUGGAAUGGUGAUAACUUUCAGAGGUGGAUGUGCUGGGUCAGUGUGUCUGGAAAUUGACUAAGCAUACCAGCUGCCUGGAGUGCUUGUAGAAGUGCAGACUUCUGGUCUCGAAUCAGAAUCUCCAAGAGAGGCAUGAGAAUCUAUUUUUUUUUCCUCUUUUUUUCCUCUUCCUUUCAAAACCUUGGCUAAUUCUUACAAGAGACAAUUUUAGAUAAUGCUGUUCUAGACAAUGUUCUUUCUUUUAUAGGUUUCAACUGGAUUUCUGUAGGCAAAACGUUCUGAUCCAGCUAUUCAUGUUUCUUUGCCUUGUUUCUAAAACACUUCAGGCCUGAGGACUUGCGCCGUGAGUUUGGCCGCUAUGGCCCCAUAGUAGAUGUUUACAUUCCACUUGACUUCUACACUCGCCGCCCGAGAGGAUUUGCUUAUGUUCAAUAUCCUUUGUUUUAUUGUGUGCAUGUGAAUCUGCUGCAUGCAUGUGCUUAUACAUGCAUGUAUUCAGGAGCAUUUGACGCAAGAUUAAUAUUGCCUAAUUAAAUGUGUUUAUUUCUUUAUCUCAGAAAAUCUAAAGCAGUCCACAGUAGCUGGCAAGCGCCCCCAGUUUGAACCAACCUGUUAGCUAGAGUCCAAGCAUAAACCGAGCAGGCAAGACAAAAGACACCUAAAGUUCAAGCAUCGAGGAAUAAAGAGGGAGGGUGGACACAGAUAUAAAGACCUGGAAGAGGGGAACUCUUUAUCAAGCAAAAGACAGCACCAGGUUGAGACUUCGGCUUUCCUACAUUUACUCAGAGUUCCAGAGUCAAAGCCAAGUCUGAUAUUGUUGGUUCUGCAUCUCUUAUAAAGUCCAUCUUGCAAGCCUUAAAGAGUAAAGGUCAAGGUUCAAGAUCAAGUGACACUGAGACUAAAGGCUUCUGCAUGCUGAUACUCAGUGAAAAACCUGAUGGAUCCUUUGUCUGAGAAAAGGGACUAGUCAUGUUUGAAGAUGUCCGAGAUGCUGAAGAUGCUCUUUAUAACCUCAAUAGAAAGUGGGUAUGUGGCCGUCAAAUUGAAAUCCAGUUUGCACAAGGCGAUCGCAAAACACCAGGCCAGAUGAAAUCAAAAGAACGUCAUCCUUGUUCCCCAGGUGACCACAGGAGAUCCAGAAGCCCCAGCCAAAGAAGAACUCGAAGUAGAAGUUCUUCGUGGGGAAGAAACAGGCGGCGGUCCGAUAGCCUUAGAGAGUCUCGACACAGGCGAUUUUCUUAUAGCCAGUCUAAGUCGCGUUCCAAAUCACUCCCAAGGCGGUCUACCUCAGCAAGGCAGUCAAGAACUCCAAGAAGGAAUUCGGGUUCUAGAGGACGGUCACGGUCCAAGUCCUUUCAAAAAAGAUCCAAGUCAAUAGGAAAAUCACAAUCAAGUUCACCUCAAAAGCAGACUAGUUCAGGAACAAAGUCAAGGUCACAUGGAAGACAUUCUGACUCCAUAGCAAGAUCCCCAUGUAAAUCUCCCAAAGGGUAUGCCAAUUCUGAGGCGAAAGCACAAACAGCAAAACAUUCUCAUUUUCGGUCACAUUCCAGAUCUCGGAGUUAUCGUCAUAAAAACAGUUGGUGAACAGCAGCAGAAGAGCACUACGUAAUCUUUAAGCUAUUAAGCCUCUCAUUAUGUUAAAUAAAAAUUCUUCAAGGUUUACAGAAAAUGUGAGUUGAUAUUAGUUACUUUGGGCGUGUGGAAGAAAUAAAAUCCCUGUAGAUCUGGAUUAAUAAAGAUUUGGUCUCAAUUUAAGGGCACACAGCACAAAUUAUGAUGUGUCUAAUGUCACCAUUUUAUGGACCAUUUUUUUGUUUACAUUGUGACAGAAGGGAACUUUUCAAAGGAAAUGGGUAAAAAUGGAACUAAUUUUAAAAAUUUGACUUGGGUAUUAGAUAUUAGUAAUAUCAGUAAUACCUUUUACAAGGAUAUUUUUGAAUUUAAAGCACUUUACUUUCAUGUAAAAGUAAUUAUGACUGUGUAACUGCAUAGGUCAGACUAACUGUUUGGCACCUAUGUCUCUUUUGUGUCUUCAUUUUAAACUUGGGCCAAGCCCCAUGGCUAUUAGUUCACAUUACAAAAUUUCUGACAUUCUAAAAAGUAGAAUUUAUAUAGAGAUCAAACACUCAAUUAAAGAAGGUUCUAUUUAUAUUGGGUAGAACAGUAUGGAUAAAGGGACAUGAAAUUGCAUCCUGUACCACUGUCCACUUUAGAAAAAUGUCAAAACACUUGAGAAAUAUUGGAUUUUGAGUAGUUUGCUACUACUUGUCUAAAACGUAUGAUGUGUAGCACUCACAAUCCAAAAAUACCCAUAUGAAGCCUUACAGGUUUGAAGGUGGAACAUUUUGUAUAAAAUCAUGUUUUAUACCAUUAUUUCUAUAUGCAUACUUAUCAUCUGCUGCUUAAUUUUUUUCCAGCUCAACUUUAAAUUAUAUAGAUAUGUCUUCUUAUUUUUGAAAGUGCUUAGUACCUUGUGUUAAGAAACAAGACUACAUCUUCAGAAACAAUUUUGCAGUAUUUACAUUACACUGCCCUUCAUUUUUUAAAACCAAAUAACUUUGUUAUUUAUUGCUUUUAUAGUUGUUAUUACGAAUAAUUUCUUUGAAAAUGUGUUUGUAGUUUACAUUUUUCAAAGCGUUUUUCAAAGGUAGUAUUUGUGAUAAAAUGGCUUUGCAUAUUAUUAGAGGGGAUAUAUUUAUAGAGCUCCACUUGUAUACUUUGUUGAAUUAUAUUAUUGAAAUGUAAAAGUUCUCAACCCAUACAGCUAAUAUUUGUAUCUAGAGUGCUUAAGAAAAAAAGUCUGUCUGAUCUUAUAUUUUUAGUCUGUAGGAGCUAAUGUUGCUUCUGUUUGUUUUGAAUACAAAUUCCAUUUUUCUUUGCAUUUUAGAUCCUAUAUGUAAGAAUCAACUUUACACAAUAAUUUGUAAAUGCUGGUAAUAUUUGAACAAGUGCCAUAAACUCAUGUAUAUUGUACUUUCGGAAUAGAUUUUCUCUAAUGAUAGCAACAUUUAUUUAUUUCAAAGCUACAACUCUUUGAAGCGUUCGACUGUAAUAAAAUUUAGUUAUAAAAUUAUGUGGCACUAGUGAAAACCUAAAGGCUAGUCUAAAAACAAAUAUUAAUCGUAAUUUUUAGUAUUUUGUAAAUGUUUGGGUACACACACACAAGUGCGGUCAUUUUAAAUAAUAACCAGGUGCCAUGUUUCAGACAAAGUUGUAAAAUAUAAUAAUAACUAGGA